AUGAGUGAGAGUUUGGAAUGCUCGGAACUUCCCGAGGAACUGUUACUACCGAUCGGCAAAGGCCUCGACACCCGCAUCGAAAUUCUCCGAUUCCGCGGUGUCUGUAAAUCAUGGCGCUCGGCUAUUUCUUGCUCCGACUUCAUCCCUCGCUUCCCUCAAAAUUUUCCCAACCCUUCUGCUCCGCCACUGCGGAGGCGAAGGCGAAGGCUAUUCUGGCUAGCUCUAUUUCAUGAUGAAGCUGACCAUCUUCACCAGCAAACCAUAUGCCUUCUCCACGAAACCAUUCUCUAUCGUCUAACUCCCUCAGCUUCUUCGGAAAAGGGAUGGUUGAUCAAGAUUGAAGAUUGCAAAUGCAAAAUGCAUCUUUUAGACCCACAUCGACAAAGGUACGAAUCCGAUUCCGAUUCCCCCAAUAUUUUGCCCAACAACUUUGUUUUACUGGACUAUGAUACUGUCGAAUUAUCUAGAGCUUAUACCCUUGAAAUUCAAAGCCUCAUUCCAGCUGCGCGAGUUAAUAAAGUUGUGAUGUUCAACGACUGUCAUGUUUUUGUUGUCCAUAGUGACGGUAAAUUAGGCCACGCAAAAUGUGGGGAUGAGAGUUUGACCUGUUUAGGUGAAAAGGAUAUGGAGUUCGAUGAUGUUAUUGUGUAUGAGGGCCAAGUCUAUGUGGUUGAUCGAUUCGGAAUAGGUUGGUGGAUCAGAAUCAAUGAUUCGACAUUGGAUUUGGUUGAAGUCUGGAAUCCUUGUGGGUCAGAUUCUCUGAAGACACAGAAGCAUUUCGUGGAGUCGGAUGGAACGAUCUAUAUUGUUGAUAGACACCUUGAUAGGGAAUGGAGAGGCGGUCAUUAUGCCUGUGUGGUUGGUUUCAAAGUGUAUAAGAAGAAUGAAUGGGGUGAAUGGGUUUUGGAGGAAAGCUUGGGGGAUCGAGCUUUUAUUCUACGCAGUGAUUGUUCGCUCUCUGUUUCGACUGGAGAAUUUUUCGGAUACGAGGCGAAUUGCAUUUACUUCACUCAGCAAAAACGAAUUCAUGUUUUCAAAUUAGAGAAUAACAGCAUCACCAGUGCAGAUUUGAAUGGGGACAAAGUUUACAUCCAAACCGCUUCGUAA